AUGCGAAACCAAGUGAGGUUCUCAAGUUGCAGUGGUGUGACAUUUGAGAUUAAGCCUCGUGCUGAUCCAUUUGCCAUCACUGCGGCAACAGAAGAUGAGACCAACACCAGCAAGAAGUUCUGGCCUUCAUGGAAUAUUUAUGGCAACUCCUCUAAAAUGUUCCCUUCUUCGAUACAAAAAUCUGUGAGCCGAGCCAGUCGCCUCUUCUGUGAUCUUGACAAUGAUUUAGCAGACGUUGAUAGUGAUGAAGGCCGUAUCACUCUGCAAAAAUUAGAGGAAGGGAAAAACGAAGAGAAAGACCACAAACCAAUCAUUCCAUUGGCUAGCAAACGAGAGCAACCAACAAAAGCUGCACGUAAGCAAGAAUCAAGGUUGUCGGUAAUUUUGCUUGAUCAAGGGUUAUUCACGGUUUACAAGCGACUGUUUGCAGUUUUCUUAAUCCUGAACAUUACUGCUUUGGUUCUUGCAGUCACUGGUAAUUUCCCAUAUGCCAGAUAUAGAGCUGCCUUUUUUUCCAUUGCAAAUAUUCUUGCUUUGACAUUAUGCAGGAGCGAAGCCUUCUUGCGAAUUGUAUUUUGGCUCGCGGUCAAAAUAUUGGGGAGGUCUCGGGUUUCUCUCUCUAUAAAAACCGCUACCACUUCUUUGCUUCAGAGUCUUGGCGGUAUACAUAGUAGUUGUGGAAUUUCAUCAGUUUUCUGGCUUAUUUAUGCUUUAGUCCUCACGCUCAAAGUCAGAGAAAACACUUCUCCAGAGAUCAUAGGCGUGGCCAGUGCUGUUCUUUCUCUUCUCUGUCUGUUUGCAGGAUGGACUGCGCUUGGUCUCUUGUGGGCAUUUGUUAUCCUUACAAUCUCUUAUGACCCGAAAACAAAGUCCUACAGAAAUGAACUUGGUUCAACGCUUAUCAAACAGCAAGAGUUUUGGUUCACCGCUGCCAUAACAGUACUAAUUAUUCUACCCUGGUUGACAGUGAGACGCAUACCUGUUGAGGUCUCUUCUCCUUCAGGUCAUGCCUCUAUCAUUAAAUUUGAAGGGGGACUCAAAGCCGGUAUAUUAGGAAGGAUUAGUCCAUCGCCAUUUUCGGAAUGGCACGCUUUUGGUAUUAUUUCUGACGGGAAAACACAACACAUGAUGCUCGCUGGAGCAGUUGGUGACUUUACAAAGUCCUUAGUGUCAAACCCACCAAGCCAUUUGUGGGUUCGCCAGGUGCACUUUGCGGGCCUGCCUUAUCUAACAAACUUGUACGAGAGGAUUCUGUUGGUUGCAACAGGUUCUGGGAUUUGCGUGUUUCUAUCGUUCUUGUUGCAGCCAUGUAGGGCUAAUAUGGUAAGUGGGCAUCCCAAAGACAAAGUGAUAUUGCAUGACACGGCUGUGUUUGGUCGUCCAAAUGUGUCUCAAAUGAGCGUAGAUGCUGCUAAAAGAUGGGGAGCUCAAGUCGUUAUUGUUACAAGCAAUCCAGAAGGCAGCAGAGAUGUUGUCAAUGCGUGCAAGUCUGCAGGAAUUCCAGCCUUCGGUCCCAUUUGGGAUUCUUGAUUUUUUAUCUCUUUAUCUUCCGGACGGUAACUGCACAAUUUACUCGCAUAAGUUAC